AUGAAUCAGUGUUAUUGCAUUGUGGUGUUACUAGGUUUGCCUGCCAGUGGAAAGAGCUGGUUAGCAGGAAGAUUAUGUAGUUUUUUAACAGAAAACAAUUGUAUUGUGAAUUGUGCAACUUUUGAUACUAUUGUGAGUUUAGAAAAACAGGCUGAAAUUGCUGUUUCAUCAUCUAGUGAAAUGACAAAGCAUUACCGUCGCGAGAUGAAAGACACUGUGGAGUCUUUCUUGAAAGUGCCCAAUCCUUCUUCCAAAAAGUGUGUCGUAAUUGUUGAUGAUAACAACUACUAUCGAAGUAUGCGGUAUGAAUAUCAUCAGUUAGCGGCCAAAUUCUACACAGGCUACCUUCAAAUUUAUGUCAAAUGCGAAGUGUCUGAAGCGUUACUCCAAAACAGCAGUCGUCCGCAAAGCAGCCGUGUUCCUGACAUUGUAAUCACUCAAAUGAACACCAAAUUUGAAGAUCCCUGUGAGGCGUGGGAAAAUUCUUUGACGAUUGGACACAUUGAUUUAAAUGAUACAGAAAUAUUGAACAAGAUAUGGAUUCACAUCCAGAAUGCUGUUGAUAGUCCUGUCUCAACAUUGAAGACUCUAGAAGAAAAGAAGCUUGCGUCCGAGCAAAGCAAACUCAUCUCAAAUCACAACAUCCUUCACAAUAUCGACAAAGCUCUAAGGAAAAGAUUAAACCAAUGUAUACGCGAACGUAAAGAAGAAAAAAACGCUCGUGUAUUGGCAGCACAACUUAACGACACUCGACAAUCCAUUUUGGAAGGGAUAAAAACAGGUGCCAUUGCAAUCCCGACAGACAUUCUGAAAGCGGAUGGAUCCAUCGAUUUUUCUAUCCUUGAGGUUUGGUCCAUUUCAGCUUUUAUCCAGAGGUGUCCGUCAUAACAUGGACAUGAUUUGGUCAUACUAGAAUACAAUUUGUUAAAAAUAGAUGAAAUAAUAAUAAACAACACAAUAGAGAUCA